CAAAAUUAAUAGAACAAUUUGCUAUAAAAACGCAAAGAGGCACCUAUAAGACCAGUCGAUUAAACAAAAAUGGCAAAUUUCAACUGGACAAAAAUCAUUGAAACCAACUUUGUUGUGCUGAAAGUCAUUGGGCUGUGGCCAGAAAAAACAUUUUUCGCUUGUAAACUCUACAACAUCUACACCCAUUUCAUGGUGACAUGCUUGUUGGUAAUCCAUUUGCUGCUUCAAACAAUCCAACUGGCUUUAAUCAUCGACGAGUUUCAACUUUUCCUAACUGCACUUCCUCUACUCUUGCAACAGUAUCACCUCCUCAUCAAACUGUUUUAUUUUAUGGUUAAAUUUCCGAUAUUGAGAUACAUUCUGCAUUCACUCAACAACCACCAAGUGUUUCAGCCACAAAAUCAAGACCAAAAAAUACAAAUGGAAGACAGAUUAAGUUUCAUGAAAAAAAUUUAUUUUUCGUUUUAUUCAAUGGCAGGUGUUGCGAUCAGUUUUCUGGUUGCAUUCCCAAUUUUGGAUAUUUUAAACGGCGGUGAACGUCAAAUCCUCUUUGUUUGUUGGUUUCCUUACGAUUAUAUGACUUCUCCAUUCUACGAGUUCACAUAUUUUUACCAAUCGGCUUCGAUUAUUUAUGCAGGGGUUAUUGUUCUCCAAAUCGACACUCUUGUUACACUUUUAAUGACCUAUCUUGGAUUUCAGUGUGAUUUAUUGUGUGAGAAUCUCACUCAAGUCGGUUAUAAUAACUCGAAGGAAAAUAACACCGAACUAGAAUUUGUAAAGUGCAUCAAACACCACCAAGAGUUAAUCAAGUUGAAAAAUCAUUGUGUUGACUUCUCCUCUGGGCUGAUUUUUGUCCAAGUGGCCACAAGUUCCAUAGCAAUUGGCCUAACUUUAUUUCAAAUGACUUUAAAUGUCUCGACUUUCAAUGUGAUUUUCCUUGUACUUUACGGAUUGUCUGUAACAUUUCAAAUGUUUCAAUACUGCUGGUUUGGUAGUGAAGUAAUACAUAAGAGUGAUAAAAUUGCCUAUUCAGCUUUUGAAAUGAAUUUUGUCGAUGCUCCUUUAUCAGUAAAGGAAAACUUGGUGAUUUUUAUGGCUUGCACCCAAAAGCCGAUUAAAAUGCCUGUAUUAAAAGUGACUCAUCUUUCACUUCAAACCUUUACAAAAGUACUUCGAACUGCUUGGUCUUAUUUCGCGCUACUUGUUCAAGUCAGUAAAUAAAAAUACCACAGUGGUACAUGUUUUUUUUCCAAAUUUGAAAUUUUAAACAAGGUUGAUCUUUGUGGUGUCUAGAUGAUGAUACUUAGUUAAAAUAAAUAAAUGAGUUGAGUUUU